AUGCCCGACUGGUCCGACGCUGCGAGCCACGCCCACGGCAUUAUUAAUGCCGGCGUGAAGAUCGAGGGCGCCUACGCUACCCACCAGUGGAACAAGGCCAAGGUUGCAGCAGCGAGGGAGGGGGCCAAGUACCCGGACGGUAAGCCUCGCGUCAACCAAUCGGCCCAAUAUGAUGCUGCGAACCCGACCCUAAAGAAUCUUGACAACAACAAGGAUCUCUAUGAGCGUGCGAACGGGAAAUGA